UCCAGCUGCGGGUCCACGGUCAUUUCGCCUCUUCACCGGUGAAGGAGGAAAAAGAGAAUGUGGGCGGAUGAUGGAGUGGGCGGAGUGGCUGGGGAGGCUUCAUAAACAUAGAGUGGAGGACAUCAGAAGCUGCGAACUGACGACUGGAAACUGAAAUCAAGUAUCGCAUCAAACUCUGACCGAGUCACUUAAUUCAUCAAGAUCCAAACAUCAUCAAGUUUAUAAAAACGAUGAGAAGAUUUCCGGCUGGGAAACUGACACCAAACAUCACAUCUGGAUCUGAUGGAGGCACCCAAUUUAUGACAACCUGAACUUCAUUAAAUAUUGAAUAUGGAAGGAGCAAACAAUGUUCACAGGGGAGAAGAACUGUACAAAUGUUCCAAGUGUGGGCAAAGCUUCCAUCGAUCAUCUGAUCUGUCACAACAUAAAUGCAGUCACAGCAGGGAGAAGCCGUGGAAAUGUGGGGACUGUGCAAAGACAUUCAAUUACCCGUCGGAUCUGGACAUUCAUCAGCGCAGUCACACUGGAGAGAAGCCGUUUACCUGCUCCACGUGUGGGAAGGGAUUUGCUCGUUCAUCCUACCUUCUGUUACACCAACGAGUUCACACUGGGGAGAAGCCAUUCACCUGCUCUGUGUGUGGGAAGGGAUUUACUCAGUCGUCCAAUCUGCAGACACACCAGCGAGUUCACACUGAGGAGAGACCUUUUGAAUGUCCAGACUGCGGGAAAUUCUAUAAAAGUUCUUGGGACCUGAUGCGACAUCAACGUGUUCAUACUGAGGAGAGGCCUUUCAGGUGCUCUAACUGUGGGGCUGGGUUCAAACGGUCAUCUCACCUCACUGUGCAUCAGCGAGUACACACUGGGCAGAAACUGUUUACUUGCUCGACUUGUGGCAAGGGGUUUACUCAGUCAACCUCCCUGCUGUUACACCAGCAAGUUCACACCGGGGAGAGUCCAUUCACCUGCUCCUUGUGCGGGAUGGGCUUCACUCAGAAAUCCCAUCUGUUGACACACCAGCGAGUUCACACUGAUGAGAGACCUUUCAAAUGCCCAGUUUGUGAAAAGGGCUUCAAAAGUUCUGGCGAACUGAUGCGGCACCAACGUGUUCACUCUGACGAGAGACCGUUCAGGUGCUCCGAAUGUGGGACUGGGUUCAAGCAGUCAACUCAGCUUACAGUGCACCAGCGACUUCACACCGGGGAGAGACCAUUUACCUGCUCUGAGUGCGGGAAGGGGUUCAGUUGUUCAUUCAACCUGCUGACACACCAGCGAGUUCAUACCGGGGAGAGGCCAUUUAUCUGCUCCCUGUGUGGGAAGGGAUUUACUCAGUCAUCCAGCCUGCUGACUCACCAGGGAGUUCACACAGGGGAGAGACCUUUUGCCUGCUCCAAUUGCGGGAAGGGAUUCGCGCGGUUAUCCACCCUACUGACACAUGAGAGAGUUCACACUGGGGAGAAACCCUUCAGCUGCUCUGAGUGUGGGAAGGGAUUCACUCAGUCAUGCCACUUGCAGAGACAUGAGCGCACUCACACUGGGGAGAAGCCGUUCGCCUGUACCGUGUGUGGGAAGGGAUUCACUCAGUCAUCCAACCUCAUGACACAUCAGCGAGUUCACAAGAACACCCACACCAUGGAGAAACCGUGGAAAUGUGAGGACUGUGGGAAGGGAUUCCGUUCCCCAUCUGUGCUGGAAACUCAUCGACGCAGUCACACCGGGGAGAGGCCUUUCACCUGCUCCGAGUGUGGGAAAGGAUUCAGUGAUUCCUCCACUCUGAAGAGACACCAGCGGGUUCAUACGAGACAGAAGCCAUUCACCUGCUCCAUGUGUGGGAAGGGAUUCACUCAGUCCUGCCACCUGUCGCUACAUCAGCGAGUUCACACCGGGGAGAGGCCCUUUACCUGCUCUGAGUGUGGGAAGGGAUUCACUCAGUCAUCUGUGUUGCUGAGACACCAGCGGGUUCACAUCGAGGAAAGGCCGUUCACCUGCCCCGUAUGCGGGAAGGGAUUCACUCAGUCAUCAGACCUGCUGACCCACCAGCGAGUUCACACCAAGGAGAGGCCGUUCUCCUGUUCCACGUGUGGCAAGAGUUUUGCUCAUUCGUCCACCCUGCUGAGGCACCAACGAGAUCACAGCGGGAAGAGGCCAUUCACUUGCUCUGAAUGUGGGAAGGGCUUCACUCAGUUUUCUGACUUGGUGCGGCACCAGCGGGUUCACACUGGGGAGUGCCCUUUUAUCUGCUCCACGUGUGGGAAGGGAUUCAGUCAGUCAUCCAGCGUGCUGAGACACCACAGCAGUCACACCAACGAGAGACCUUUCGAAUGCCCUGACUGUGGGAGUAGCUUUAAAACAGCUGAGGACCUGAUGGUGCACCAGCGGAUUCACACCGAAGAGAGGCCGUUUGGCUGCUCUCACUGUGCCAAGAGGUUCAGAACAGUAUCCAGCCUGCGGAGACAUCAGCGAAUUCACACUGGGGAGAGGCCAUUCUCGUGCUCUGUGUGUGGCAAGGGAUUUACUCAAUCAUCCAACCUGCUGACACACCAGCAAGUACAUGAAUGAUGACAGUUUUUGGACUCUGCUUGUAACCACAUCCAGGGCUGAGCCCUGUUCAUCCUGACAGUAGGUGAGGUGGGCAAGUUGGAGGGUUUCUUUCUGCCGGACCGGCCACUCUCACCACUUUGCUUCCAGUGAGGCUGAUGCUGUUUGAAUCUGGAAUUCACAUUCCCACUGAAAUGAUCCUUUAAAGUUAAUGACGUAAUUUUUUUCUCUUAAAUCCAUGAAAGUACAUCAUCUUGUUUUUAAAUCCAUCAAAGGUGGACCUGAAAUAAAUAUAUUUGUCUCUGUUCCAUCGAGUCUCCAGCACAGGGCCAGACAAGUCAGCUCAAUUGAUCUCUGUCAAUAUUUAUGUUCCACCUGAGCCUGCACCCACCUCACUAUAGCUCCACCUCCAUCAGCACAUCCGCCUGUUCCAGGAACUGCCAAACCAGCAGCUCACAAGCCUCCUUUGCAGAUAAAGCAGGGCUUUACAGAUAAGGUGGGCAGUUGUGAAUCUAGAUUGUUCUGAAGAAUUUCCUAGAGCCCUGCCCGGGGAAGGGCGGGGUAGGUGCUCUCCAUCCACUGGCCCAGUCGAGCCUGUCGAAAGGAGCAACAGCGAGGGUGAGCCCUUUUGUGGCCAUGCCUAAAACCAAACGGUGCCUAAAAUCAAACUCUGUGUCUAUCUGUGAUGCAGGACUGAGGGGACAUCACUCCCUUCCAACUGUGGGCAAAAUUUUAAAGGGUUGUCAACGCACUGAAUCUUCUCUAAAUGCAACUUGAGGCAUGGAAACCAGCAGCUGGAAUUUCGUCCUGUUUAAGGGAGGGCAUAACUUAUUUCCUUCAUUAUGGACUUCGCCAAUACAAGUGAUUGUUCUUGCCACAGGCAAACAGCAAUGUUUCUUGGCGAAGGAGACCAGAACUGCACACAGGCUCCAGGUGUGGUCUCACGAAGCCCUGCUCAGUUUCAGUAAGACCUCCUCGCUCCUGUACUCAAAUCCUGUUGCAAUGAAGGACAAAGUUCCAUUUGCCUUCCUAACUGCUUGCUGCACCUACAUAUUUGCUCUGAAUGACUGGUGUACAAGUACCUGCAGGUCCCUUUGCACAUCAACAUUUCCAAAUCCAUCACCACGAAGAUAAUACUCUGCCAUUCCGAUUUUUUUUAAUUUUUAUCUAUCAAAGUGGAUAACUUCACAAUUAUACUGUGCGUCUGCCAUAAGUUUGCCCAUUCCCUCAAUUUUCUAAACCCCCCCAAAGUCUCUUUAUGUUCUGCCCACUCUCAAUCCCCCUAGUUUUGGGUGAAUAAACUUUAAAAGUAUUAGAUUUGAUUCGGCCAUCCAAAUUGUUGAUGUAUGCUUUGAGUAGCUGGGGGCCAGGCACUGAUCAUUGCAGUGCCGUACUUGUCAAAGCUAAAGACUCCGAAAAGAUUCACUUAUUUCUACUGUCUGUUUCGGGUCUGCUGACCAGUUCUCAAUCCAUGCAAGUAUAUUACUACCAAUCCCAUGUGCCUUGAUUUUGCACACUAACCUUUUACGUGGGACUGUUAUAAAAAGUGGUCAAAAAGUUCAAUUUCUCCCAUCUACUGGUUUUCCUAUUCCUAUUCUAUUAGUUAUCCUUAAAAACUCCAGUAGUAUUGUCAAACAUAAUUCCCCUUUCAUAAACCCAUAUUGACUUUGUGUAACCCUGUUGUUAUUUUGUAAAUGUCUGGUUAUCACAUCCUUCGUAGUUUACUUCUGCAUUUCCUUGCUACUGAUGUCAAGCUCAUCAGCCUUUGAAUCUAGGAGAAAUAUUUCUCUAUUCUGUCUGGAAAAGCUGAGAAAAUCAUUGAGAGAUACACACACAGGUGAGUGAGUGUUACAGUGCACUGACUGGAGAAAGAUCUUCAGUCAGUUACACAACUUAAAAACAUGUUGCAGCAUUUACAGUGAGGAGAGGCUGUGUACAUAUUCACUCCAUCCAUCCUGCUGACACGAGCAAAUUUACACCAGGGAAGGACCGCUUCCCCAUGUCAGAAGAAACUCACUCAGUCCUUCAUCUUGCUGAGGCUUCGGUGAGUUUACAGCAGGGAGAGGCUCUUCACCUCCUUAUCAGCUGUUUUGAGACACCAGUGAGUUCACAAAUGAUCAGUGUUACGAUUCGGCAAGAAGCGAUGAACAAAUGGGAGUCAGUUCAGUCUCCUCCAUGGGCCACAACAAAGUGCUCGGUUCCUUUUGCUUGCUGCUCUACCCCUCUCUCUGAUUUUAAAAAUAUAAUUUCCUUUGUUUUGCUGUAAUAAGGAAGGAACCAAUCAAUACGAUUCACAAGGCAAAGAAACAGCAAAUUUAUUACCUGUUAAAGGCAAUUUUUAAAAAAGACUGAUGUUAAGCAUACAGCUUUUGUUUUGUCAAUUGUGCCCACACACACAGGUACACAGUUAAAGAGAAAUGGUGUGUGAUAUAAAGGAAGAUAAAAGAACAUAACCUUGAAUGUCUGUGGUUGUUUUGAAGUCUAACUUUUGUUUAACCUGAGCUGAUGUGGUUUUGCAUGUUUGUAGGUUGCGGUCAGAUGGAAUGAAUGUUGCAGUGACUGGAGACAACUUCAUUCAGAGCCAAUUUUCUCUAAAGCGAGAAUCUUUUUUUUAAAACAGAACUGGGCACUACUUUCAAAGGGAGAGAAAGUUCUUAAUCUGGAAGUUUGUGUAAAUUCCUGAAUGUUAUUCCAUUUUUUUAAAAAAAUCUCCUUCUUGAGUAAAAACCACAUGCUUCUAAUCAUGGCUACUCCCAGGAGACCCAAUUUUGUAUCUUAACUACUUAUUUAGCACCUUUUCAAGUGCCUUGUGAAAAUCUAAAUGCAUUCUCGACAAAACUGUUUAUGUUGAACCACUAAAUGUGAUUUGGAAUUCAUUGCCUGAAAGUCACCUGGAAGAAAAUUCAACUAGAUCCUUCAAAAGGAUAUUGGACAUUUUGUCAAAAGGGGGUAAAAUGCGAGGCUAAGAGAUUAAUUGGAUACCUCUUCCAAAGAGACAGCAUGAGCACAAUGGGCUGAAUAGCCUCAUUCCACGUACUAUGAGCCUUGUGUACAUUUCAA